AUCUCUUUAAAUAGUUCUGAUGCUGACUGGUGACUUUCCGACCCUGCUAUAUAAAGCGGGCUCUCUCCCCUCCUGCUGCAGUCCCCACUAUGAGUUUCCCGGUCGAAAGCCACUUGUUCGGCCCGAGCGGACUCCGUAAGACUCGGCCAGCCUCGGUGACCUCCAGCGGCUUCCACUCUCAGCGCCGCCGCCUCGUCCACAGCCAGCCGCCCUCCGCGGACAGCCUGGACGCCUUCCCCGGGGACAUGUCUCGCAGGAGCGAGAAGGAGAUUCUGCAGGCGCUCAACGACCGCUUCGCCGGCUACAUCGACAAGGUGCGCAGCCUGGAGACGCACAACCGCAACCUGGAGGCAGAAGCGGAGGCGCUGCGGCAGAGCCAGAGCGGGCGCGCAGCGGUCGGGGAGUACUACGAGCGGGAGCUGGACGAGCUCCGGGGUCUCGUUCGGCAGCUGAGCGGGGAGAAAGGUCGCGCCGCUGUGGAGUCCGAGCGCCUGGAGGAGGACAUCCAGCAACUGGGGGCGAGACUGGAGGAGGAGGUGCGCAGCCGUGAGGAGCUUGAAUCUGCAGCGAGGGCCAUGAAGAGGUACGUGGACGAGUGUCAGCUGGGACGGCUGGAGUUGGAAAAGAAGAUCCAAGCCUUGGACGAGGAGGCCGCUUUCCUCAAGAAGAACCACGAGGAGGAAGUGGUGGAGCUCCUGGCGCAGAUUCAGGGCGGGCAGGUGACUUUUGACCUGAGGGAUGCGGUCAAGGUGGACGUGACGGCGGCCCUGCGGGAGAUCCGAGCCCAGCUUGACUGUCACGCUGCCAAGACGGUCACGCAGGCUGAGGACACUUUCAAAGUGCGCCUGGAACGUCUGACAGAGGCCGCCAAGUCCAAUCAGGAUGCCAUCCGUGGGUCCCAGGACGAGAUCUUAGAAUACCGUCGUCAGCUCCAGAGCCGCACCAUCGAGCUGGAGACUCUCAGAGGAACAAAGGUGUCUCUGGAGAGGCAGCGUAUGGAGUGUGAGGACAGACACCAGGACGACCUCAGCUCACUACAGGACACGAUCAAUCAUCUGGAUUUAGAGCUGAAAAACACAAAAUGGGAGAUGGCCAGUCAACUAAAGGACUACCAGGAACUACUGAAUGUGAAGAUGGCUUUAGAUAUUGAGAUUGCUGCUUACAGGAAGUUACUAGAGGGAGAAGAGAGCCGCCUUGUGUCCGGAGGAAGCCCUUAUUUGUACCUUGACAACAGAAUUUUAGCUCAUUUGAAAGUGAAAGAAGAUAAAGUGAUUGUGCAAGAGCAGACAGAUGAGACCCAAGUGACAGAAGUGACGGAGGAAGCAGAAGAAGAACAGGAGGAAGAAGGUGAGGAAACAAAAGAAGAGAACGAGAAGAAACAAGGAGGUAAUGAGCAAGAUGAGAAGUCAAAUUCACCGGAGAAAGUUCCAUCUCCUACUUCAAAUUCUCCUCAAAAGCCAAAAUCCCCAGUAAAUACGACACCUGAAAAGUCACCAGAAUCAAAACCCCCUCCCAGCAAAUCCCCACGUCCCAAAUCUCCUCUUCCUAAGACGGCUGAACCUCCAGAGAAGGAGAUCAAGCCUGUUGCCCCAAAAGAGGAGGAAAAAGACACGCCUCCGCCUGUAAAAGAGGAAAAUAAGGAACAACCAGUAGUAGAGAAGAAGCAGGACAACAAAGAAAAAGAAACAGAUAAUAAAAAGGAGAACAAUGACAAACAUGUCAAAAAAGAGACUGAAGUAGUUGAGGAGGAAAAUCCAGAACCUACAGAGCCAGCUGACAACAAACCUCAUCCCAAAACUAAAGAGGAACCUGCUGCACCAGCCAAGGAUAAAGCCCCUGCUCCGAAAUCAGAGGACAAGGAGGAGAAACCAGACAAGCCAGAUGAGAAACAGCAAGAAAAGAAGCCAGAGGAGAAGAAGCCCGAAGAGAAGAAGCCCGAGGAGAAGAAGCCAGAGGAGAAGAAGCCAGAGGAGAAAAAGCCUGAGGAGAAGAAGCCUGAGGAGAAGAAGCCCGAGGAGAAAACGCCAGAGAAGCCGGACGGGAAGAAGCCGGACGAGAAGAAGCCGGAGGAGAAGAAGCCCGACGAGAAGAAGCCAGAGGAAAAGAAGCCCACACCCAAAGUUGAACUUGAGAAAGCAGAGAGCAAGAAGCCUGAGGAGAAAAAGGAAAGCAGUAAAGCAGUAUCUGGGAGUAAUGAUGAAGGGAAGACAGACAAAGUGGAGAAAACUUUGGGCAUUGAGUCUAAAGAAAGCGAGGCGAAGGCCAUGAAGUGAAGUUGCACAAACCACACAUGAGGGUGGGAGGUGAAAUUAAAGAGCAUACAUUAUUUUUAUUACGCUGCUCUAAGUAUGUAUGCUAAAAUGAGCGUAUAGGCAACACUGUUAACCAAGCUACUUAAUGGGACAGCUGCCCUUCAAUAAUAGUAAGUGCAUUUAUUAGAAUCUACCUGCACUGGCCUUUGUGGACAGAUAUGUCAAGCUGAACCAAUUGACUCCAGAUAAUAUAUGAUUAUAUACAAAUGUCUAUACUAUAUAUAAAUAUACAAUAGUAGGUAUUACUAAGACAUACAGUACUUGAAUGCUUGCUGUGCACUUUAAUCCAGUUUAUCACAGAUGAGAUGUCUCUUUAUUCUGGCCCGCAAUGCUUUGACAAUGAUGACUUUGCUGUUGAUUGCUGAACUGACAAUAUGCAACACACAAAAAAAUAAAGAAAAUACACUUAGAGAAAUAGUUGUUGUGGCUUCA